AUGCGGUUGCGCCGCAAGGACAAGGUCGCGUUGGAAGUCAUCGACGCCGAGCCGCCGGACCCCGCCAUGGACGCCGAGGUCGUGCUCGCGACGCACGCGGCGGCGGCGGCGACGCUCAAGGCGGCGAGCUGCGGCGCGGACCUCGCCGUCGCGGAGCUCGCGCCCGGGGACCGCAUCUGCUGGGCCGCCGUCGUCACGGGCGCGCACGUCUUCGCGCUGCGCUACCUGGUGGGAGACGACGCCGCGCGGCUCGGCGCGCUCGCGCGGCCCGUGCUCCUCGUCGCGCUCGUCGCCACCGUCAUCUCGCUCGUCCGGGCGCGCGCGCCGGCGCCGAUCCGCGGCGCGGGCCGCGGCGGGUUCCUGGACACGGUCUGGUUGGGCGGCUACGAGGCGCAGAUGGACGAGCCGCCGUUCCCGUCGCUCGACGUGCUCGACGCGCAGAAGGCGCUCGCUAGGAGCCGCCGCGCGUCGACGCUCCAAUCCGUGACCGUCAAGGCCGUGCCCGGGUCGUCGACGCGCAAGGCCGCCGUCGCCGGCGACGUCGGCACCUGGGAGCCGUCCGUCGCGAGCCGCUUCGUCCUCCGGGGCCCGGACUACCUCCGCGACAAGAAGAAGUUCCCGAGCGCGGAGGAAUUGUACGAGCCCUUCGCGCUCGACGUCCUCCGCCGCGCGGCGCCCCUCUUCGACCUGCCCGCGCGGGCCCAAUUACCUCCGAAGCGCCCCCACGAGGAGGACCUGCCGGCCUGGUGCCCGCGGAUCCUCGUCCAGAACAUGUUCUUCCCGGGCGAGCCGCCGGCGCUCUUCGGCGGGCCGCCGAAGCCCGAGGAGCGCGAGCGCGAGGGCGCGCCCCAGGGCUGGCAGGUCGUCUGCUGGUGGCGCGUCACGGAGGAGACGGCGCGGAUCAUCAAGGAGCGGCCCCGCGAGGACUGGCCGCCGCACCUCGGCCUCUGGCAGUACUACGCGAACAACGCGGAGACCAUGUCCGUGCUCAACGGCGCCUUCAAGGGCGUCGCGCGCGUCGACAACAUCGGCGACGCGUCGCUGGGGUUGCCGCGCCUGCUGCACCAGUUCAACGCCAAGCCCGUGCUCAUGGCGGCGGCGGCGCUCGUCGGCGAGCGGCCCGGGGUCGUGCAGGUGUCGCGCGACGACGACUACUACGAGUUCGGCCUCGACGUGGGCCUCGACUUCGCGGCGACGUCGAACCAGGCCCUCUUCAAGCUCCUCCCCAAGUUCCCCAAGCUCGUCUGCGACAUCGGCUGGCUCGUCGAGGGCCGCUCCGUCGCGGAGCUCCCCGAGGGCAUCCUCGCCUGCAUGCGCCUCAACAACAUCGACCUCAACGACGCGCCCGACAUGGACGCCCGCGAGAACCAGAAGCGCGUCAUCGUCGGCGCCGUGCUGCUCGACCUGCUCGCCGUGUCGCUCGUCGUGCCGCUGCUGCCCGCGCGCUUCCGCGAGCUCGGCGUGUCCAGCAAGGCGCUGGGCCUCGUCGGCUCGACCUACAGCGUCGCGCAGAUCGUCGGCGGCCUCGCGCUCGGCGCGCUGUCGGACGGGGCCCUGGGGCGCAAGGGCUUAUUACUUUUGAACUUUGUCGGCGCGGGAUCCGCGUACGCGAUGGUCGGCUGGCCGUCGGCGCCGUUCGAGGUCUUGGUGCUGAGCCGCGUCGUCGUCGGCCUCUGCAAGCAGACCAUGACCGCGUCGACGGCUUUGAUGACGGAGCUCACGGAGCCCGGCGCGGAGCGCGCGCUCUGGAUCGGCCGCGUGUCGUCGGCGGCGCAAGUGUCGUGGAUCGCCGGCCAGUCGCUCGGCGGCUACCUCAACAGCUUCGGCGACGCGCGCUACCCGUCGGCCGUCGCCGUCGGAUUAUACGCUUUUGACUUCGCGCUGAUCUCGCUGGCCCUGCCCGCGGGCGCCGCCGCGGCCGCGGAGCCGCGCGACGCGAAGGCGCCCGCGGAGUCGCUCGUGGCGCGGCUCAGGCGGACCGUGCUCGCGUCGCGCGACGUCGCCGCGGUCUGCGUCGCGCGGCUCGCGCUCGCCUUCGCGGGCCGCGCGGCGGCCGUGACGCGCCAGCUCUACGAGCUCGAGCGCUGGGACCUGACGCGCGGCGACGCCGCCUACCUGGGCACGUUCAAGUCCUUCGUGGGCGUGCUGUCGUCGUGGCACCUCGCGGGCGCGCUCACGCGGCGCUUCGGCGCGCCGGCCCUCGUGCGCGCCGCGGCGGCCGCGUUCCUCGUCGCGGCGCUCGCCGAGGCCGCGCCCGCGGCGUUCUGGCGGCGGUCGCCCGCGGUUCCUUUUGCCGCGGCGGCCGCGGCGGCCCUCCGCGUCGACGCCGUGCCCGUCGUCGCCAAGGCCCUCGCGGACCCGUCGCUCCUCGCCUACGCGCUCGCCAUCUUCCCGCUGUCGGCCGCGGCGAGCCAGGUGUCGACGAUCUCGCUCCGGGCCAUGUUCACGGAGGCCGUGCCCCGGAGCGACGUCGCGGCCGCGCUCGCGUCGCUCGACGUGCUCAUGUCGUCCGUCGGCGUCGCCGCGCCCCUGCUCGGCGGGAUCGCGUUCGACGGCGUCGCGCCCGGGGACCAGCCGCGCGUCGCCGCGGGCUUCCACCUCGCGGCGCUCGGCGCCGUGCUCGCCUGCUUCCCGCCCUUCCGCGCGGCGGCGCCGGCGCCGCCGCGCGAGGACGAAUGCAAGAAGGACGCGUAG